AUGGCAGAAUCCAAAGAAUCCAGUCUUGUCCAAAUCAUCCAGCUCCUUGAGGAGACGAGAAAUAUACUUCUAGAUGAGGCACACUUAAAGACUAUUUCGGAAUCAACCCAUAUCCUUUCACAAUUAAAGAACCUCGGCGAGAUCCUUCAAACCGACGGCCACCAGCGCGAGGCAAACGCAGUGAAUGACGUCUUAGUCAUCUGUGAACAGCCAACUGACCUGGGCGGUCUGGGCUUGAACGAUAAAUCAAAAAAUCUUACUCCUGAUCACGACUCCGAGAUUGUGUUUCUCGCCUCGGCCUGGUUGGAAUCACUCAAUUCCGCCGACAGGACCAAAUUUCGCCCAGCACUACUGUCCACCCGCCCAGAAGGUCGUCGAGGAAUGACACUGAGCGAGAAGAUUUUUGCGCUGCAUGACGUCAACCAGACCGGAUUUUUAUCCCCGGGGGAUUUGAUACGAGUUGAUGUUGACUGGGUGAUCGCGUCGGAAGCUUCGUGGAAGGGCAUGGAGAAAACAUACGACAGACUAGGACAACCAGGAAUCUUCCGCAACGAUCGCUUCUGGCUCGCGGGUGACCACGUCGUAGACCCGCGGAUCACUAAAAUGCCUCAGGUGAAAGCCCUCAUCGAUGCAAGUGAGAGAGCCAAGAAGGUAUUCAAAAUGACAGAUUACCAGGGAAUGAACUAUACUAUUCUUCAUACCGAGUUCUAUCGCGAACGAGCGCAGCCAGGCAUGCUAAUCAUCGGUUCCGACUCACACACUUGCUCUUCCGGUGCCGUAGGCUGUCUAUCCAUUGGACUUGGUGCGGCGGAUGUGACUAUGCCUCUGGUCACUGGAGAGACGUGGUUCAAAGUGCCGGAGUCUGUCAACGUUCGACUGGUUGGACAGCCGAAACCCGGUAUUGGCGGCAAGGAUGUCAUAUUGUAUAUCCUGCAGCAACUGAAAAGGAACACAGUGGCAUCAGAAAGGAUUGUUGAGUAUACCGGCCCAGGACUCAAAUACCUUACCUCAGAUGGCCGCUUUGCAAUUGCCAAUAUGACCACAGAACUCGGAGGUAUUACUGGUGUGUUUGUGCCAGAUAAAAUAACCGAGAGCUUUAUACAAAAACGUCGACUUCCACGCCAUAAGACAUCUAGUGUCUAUUUCCAACCAGAUGAAGACGCCCAGUAUACUGAAACAUGCGUGAUCGACCUCGGCAACGUGCAUUCAUUUAUUGCCAAAUAUCCAAAGCCAGAUGAUGUCGUGCCGGUUCCUGAGUGUGAGGGGAUGGAAUUGGAUGGAUGUUUUAUUGGUGCUUGUACCACUGCCGAAGAAGAUUUAAUACUUGCUGCAAUGGUGCUAGAAGAAGGCCUCAAAAGAGGCCUACAACCAGUGAAGUCUGGUCACAGAAAGGUUGUUCCCGGCUCUUUGCCUAUUCUACGCCGACUGCGUGAGCUUGGGCUGGCCGAUAUCUAUGAACAAGCCGGAUUUGAGAUUGGCGUACCCGGAUGCAGCUACUGUGUUGGUAUGUCAGCCGAUCAGGCAAAGCCAGGCGAAGUUUGGAUAUCGUCACAAAACCGAAAUUUCGAGAACCGUAUGGGCAAAGGAUCGUUUGGAAGCCUCGGAUCCGCGGCUACUGUGGCUGCUUCCUCCUUUGAGAUGAGACUGAAGGAUCCACAUGAACUGCUGGCUUCUAUUGACCUAGAUAGGUGGGACUCCCUGAGAGGAGUUUCCAAGUUCUUGGAGGCUGGAAACUCUGAAAAUGAGUUGAAAUAUGUCGAGCCGCAUGUACAUGCGACAAUUGAAUCAAACAUUUCCCAGAAACAGAAAACAGAAAAUGUUGCUGCAGCAGAGCCAACCAAAAUUAAUAGUCUCGGUGUUGGCGAAGAAACUUUGUCGGGCAAAGUCAAUCGGCUAGGAGACUAUAUAGAUACAGAUGCACUUGCACCGGCAGAGUUUCUCGUAAGGUCAACCGCAAAUGAAGAGAUUGGGCAGCAUUGUCUCGAAUAUACACUCCCAGAUUUCCGUCAACGAGUCAAGGAUGGAUUCAACAUUGUUGUAGCCGGAACAGCCUUUGGGUGUGGUUCAUCGCGUGAGCAAGCUGUCAUGGCACUGCUAGGAUGUGGAGUUCAAUGUGUUAUUGCCAGGUCAUUCGCUUUCAUUUUCCAGCGCAACAUGCCUAAUCUAGGACUCCUGGGUAUCACUGUAUCGGACGAAUCCUUCUACGAGGCCGCCGUUGAUGGAGCCCAGAUAUCGAUUGAUCUGCAUGCUAAAGUUAUUGAAAUCAGUGGAAAGAAAAUAGGGUUUGAACUGAGUCAGAUGGAGCAUGAGCUUUUUGAGCAUGGCGGAAUUGCCUCUGCUUUCAACAAGUUUGGAAACAAAUUGUUUGAGGCGAUGACAACGCCAAAGAAUCUUCCAGGGGUCAAUCGACCAGAACCCCCAGCCGGUCCACAUACCGAGCUACAAUGGUAG